AUGAUCCAACUUGACAACUUCCCAACCGACGAAGUCUCCGAGGUCUAUCAGCGAUGCGUUCUCGUGUCUGGAAAAUGCAACACCGCUUCUGCGCUGGAGCAGAAUGACGGACAUGUUCUAGUCGAAACGGGUGACCGAUUUGGCAAAACCUUGUUUCCCGAACAACGAUGGCCCAUGUGCCAUGGUAACUUCAAGGCCCUCUUGCUGCUCUCGCCCGGCCUCAACAAGAUCACCAUCACCACCCAGGAUGAUGCAAGCACAGAGACGCCACCUCUGCAUCUAGCCAUCCUAGUUGCAAAGGACUCACCCCUCUUAAUGGACUGCCCUCCCGCAAAAUUCGGCGGCAUCUCGAGCGCCCACUCCGACCUCUCCGCCGCCAUCGCCAAGUUCCGCAUGACAGCCUACAUGUGGCAGGCCCUCACAGCCGAAGACCUCCGCGCCAAAGGCCUCGGCCGCCGCGCGUUCCGUCUCGAAGAAGAAUGGUCCACCGACACCCUCAGCCAGCGGUCCCAACAAACCCCCACCGCAGCAGCAGGCACCGUCCCCAAAAUCCACCUCAUCCGCACCGAGAAAACCGUCGCCCAACUCCGCGACGCCAACCUCGCCCAGCAGAACCCCCACGCCCGCCACCCCGACGACCUCCACAAAAUCUUCACCGCCGCCCUCCUCGCCCACGGCGCCCCCUUCACCACCCACACCCGCCCCGUCGUCGCGGGCCUCAUCCUCGACUCCCACUACAACACCCCCGACACCACCAUCAGCCCCACCAGCCCGCACCACUCGCCCCUCAUCCUCGCGCACGCCGCCCUCGGCAGCCACGACCCGCGCGGCCUCUCCCUCGGCAUCUUCGGCAGCCACCUGACCUACGCCUGGCCGCGCUUCCUCGACGAGGUCCCCGCCUGCCUGCUCGACCCCACGCCGCCCGGCGACACGGUCGGCAACGACAACGGCGAGUGCGAUUCCAUGUGGAGAGCCUGCGCCGUGGGGCAGGGGGCGUUUUUGCAUGAGGCGGGGAUUGCGAGGGUGGUCUUUUCUCCACUGGGGAAGGCGGAUGAGGAGGAAGACAAGGUUUCGGUCUCCAACCCGUUGAAAUCGCUCCGCUACUCGUACGAGGAACUCGCGAGUCGGUUUGGCACCAAGGGCCUGAGGCUGAAAGUCACCGGCAUGAACGGCAAGGAGUACUCCGUCGACAAUAUCUGGAAAUUGUUCCAGCGGGGCACGACCUCCAUUCUGGUUCCGGGCACCAAGAUCCGGCUGUUGAAGCAAUGCGUCAGCGGUGACCGUCUAAAGGACGGCGACGAGGAGACUUGGGACUGGGCCGUCAUGCUGAAGAAGCGGGACAAGAAGGGUAACCUCGUGGCUGCGAGCAAGAUUGAUCUCCGGGUCGGCUGCUCCUUGGACGGCGCGGAGGUCUACUACCAAGAUGGAACCAAAAUUCCUUGUGGACCCCGCGGCAAAAACGGACAGGACCCAUCCAUGGGUGGCCACCAAGCGAGGAAGCUGGUGCUUCCCCGGGACGUGGAGAUUUCCAAGGUUGCCGUGACACGGGAAGUUCCGGCUCGGGGCCACAAGAUUAUCGGGUUCUAUGGCGUCAGCGGUACAUGGGGAAUGUGCAUCAGCUUCGGCAUUGUGACCGCUCCACGGGAUGCGGACCUCCCCGACUCCGUCUACGACAUGCAGGAGCUGCAAAACAACCCUGAUCGAGACCAACACCGAAGCAAGAAACGCCGACUGUCCAACGAGGAGGACGAUGACGACCAAAUGAGCGACCCCGACGAGUGCGACGAAGAUAUCGACAAUUCAUCCAACUCGGGGGACAAGGACGAGGGAUAUGAUGAUGGCUGGGACUCGGAAGUGGAAAGGGUGUAUCGGGGCUGA